CGACCGUCUUCAGACGUCUGAUGUCUUUCUCCGCGUGGACGCAACGUCACACGAGUGUACUUGAACUUGAAUCCUAUCCCAUUCCGCGGAGGCAACCCUCACCACCACACACACGCGCGCGCCGUCCUCCCGAACACAGCCCUUCGUCGCGCGACAAAGAAGAAGUAGCCCCCGUGCGUUUGGAAACAUUGGACCCACAUCCAGUCGGACGAGGAGGUUGGCGCUUGGCGUUCCGCUGCACAUCUGUUGUAUCUUCUCUUUCUCUUUAUAACAAGGGGGAGCCAAGAGUUGCCAUCCCGUCCGCGUGCCGUCUCAAGCCAACACGCGCAAGAGGAUUCGGAGCCCCAAAGGGGUCAGCACCUCGCACACCUGACCUGACCCGGGGAACGGACGGACUAUCGUGGUUUAUUCAUCCAUAAGCGGGGAAAUCUUUAACGAUUUGAGGUGCAAGUGAAGAAAGAUACUCGAAGACUUAAAGAAUAAGGAGCGAGAAAGAGAGAGAGGGGCGAACCGCGCGCGCGAAGGACAGCGCUCCCGUACCGCCUCAUCUGUCACGAGCCGGUCGAUGCAGAGGUGUUCCUCUUUUUGGGGAGAGAAAAGCGACCGCGUCUCUCGGACGGUGGUCUGCGUUGGACACCUCGCGCUCGUGACCUCACGACCUGUCAGUGUCUGCUGACUCUGCAACGAGAGACGAGUCUUAAUUCGUGGCUACAGGAUUGCGAGAGAGAAAGAGAAAAAAAAAAGUUUGCUCUUCAGCGAUCCAGCUCGUAGCGACAUCACGGUGCAAGCCGACUCCAAGUGCCGUUCACCGGGCUAUGCGAGAGUAAAUGCCGGGGCAAUGUCCCGUCGCAAGCAGGUGAACCCGCAGCACUUAUCGUUGUCAAAUCGGGAAACAAUAGAAUCAGCAGCAGAAACCAAUCAUGAGUCGAGGGCUGGAUCUCCGCCUCCAGAGUCGGCCACUCCCAGCCCACGGAGGGCGGGACCCGGGGAGCAUGACCUGCUGACGUGCGGCCAGUGCCAGACCAACUUCCCUCUGGGGGACAUCCUGGUCUUCAUCGAGCACAAGAGGCGCUUGUGCCGGGGGGCCGGCAUCGGUCCAAGGUCCUUCUCCAAACCCGGGGAGAACGGCGGGCCCCUCUCGGCCAGGGCCAGGUCCUUGGACCUCGGCAGGGGGCCCGUACCGGUGGAGGUUGGCAUCCAGACCACCCCGGGAGGAGAGGGGAACGAGGAGAGGAGGCUGACUCCGGCCAAGGGAAUCUGCCCCAAGCAGGAGCGAGGAGUGCGGCACGGCGAAGAGAAACAAAAGCCAAUCUUUGAGUCCCAGCUGGCCCCGGCCUCCCAGCCGGGCCCCGCCACUGUGCGCGACAUCACACGGGAAAAACAGUCCCUCACUGAAAACAACAGGCAGCAUUAA